AUGCCUUAUCCAGAUGAAGCUGAAGGGUUUCAAGUCGAUGCACCUGGAAUCAGCGAGUUCCACAAGAGAUUUUACAGAUUGAAGCCAUUUGGCGACUAUGACGUUGAUAUCAAGAUUGAAGCUUGUGGUAUAUGUGGAAGCGAUGUUCACACCAUCAGUGGUGGAUGGGGAGAUCAAAAGUUUCCAUUGUGUGUGGGACAUGAAAUCGUCGGUCGUGCGAUCCGUGUCGGACCCAAGGUCACUCUAAUCAAAGAAGGAGAGCGAGUAGGAGUGGGAGCGCAAAGCUACUCUUGUGGCAAAUGCAAGCAGUGUCUCAACGACAACGAAACAUACUGUCCUGUGCAGAUGAUGGACACAUACGGUUCCGAGUGGCCAGAAACCGGAAUUGUGAGCCAGGGAGGAUACUCUUCGCAUGUUAGGACCCACGAGCACUGGGUGUUCCCUAUCCCUGAUGCAUUGGAAACCGUCAAUGUGGCACCGAUGCUGUGCGCUGGAUUGACUGCUUACUCACCGUUAGUGCGUAACGAUGCUGGGCCUGGUAAGAAGGUUGGAAUCGUGGGUCUGGGUGGCAUCGGGCACUUUGGUAUCCUGUUCGCCAAAGCGCUUGGAGCUGAGACCUGGGCUAUCUCAAGGUCUCGGGCGAAGGAGGCCGAUGCUCUCAAGCUAGGUGCUGAUGGAUACAUCGCUACUGCCGAGGAAGGAUGGGAAAUUCCCCAUCAAUUAUCGUUUGAUCUGAUCAUCAACUGUGCCAACUCUUCAGAUGGCUUUGAUCUUGCGCGUUAUCUGUCCAUGAUGGAUGUACACGGUCGAUGGAUCAGUGUUGGUCUGCCCGAGGAAGAGGGCCAGGUUAUCAAGGCACAGAACUUGAUUUCGAACGGUGUUUUGAUCGGUGCCAGUCACUUGGGUAGUCGUCGUGAGAUGCUUAAGAUGCUACAGUUGGCUGCGGACAAGGGACUCAAAAGCUGGGUGGAGGAGAUUGCUAUCGGGGAGGAGGGGCUGAAGAAUGCUAUGUUACGCAUGAAGAAGGGAGACGUUCAUUAUCGCUUUACUCUGACUGGAUAUGACAAGGUGUUUAGGUAA